CUCUUGGGCUGUGAACUGAUGCAUUUACCCCCUGCUGGGAGCCAGCGGGCUGGAAAGUGCCUCAUGAUUGCUCUUCCGAAAGGAUGACUGAACCCUCUUCAGUGCUGGAAGAGCUUGUCAUGCCGUGGGACAGAGUGGGCUAGAGGCAGAGUAACUCACGAAACACCACUGGUGGCCUUUUGCUCCAUUCCAGAAUAAAAAGGUGAAUGUUUCCGUAUUGCAAAGCUGUCUAAGGAGUGCAUGGCUCAGAAGUGGAUUCCUAAAGCCAGCAGAGUGAGAGGAGCAGUUGCUGCUGCUUUUACCUGACUAGAGUUUUGAUGAAGGAGUCUUUGUGAGGUGAUCCAUCUUUGCCAUCUUGUGCUUCAAACAAGAACGGCCAUUCCUGUUGAACAGGAGACAAGCCAGUGCCAGCCAAUGCAUCAGAGAUCCUGCAGGGAACAAGCAGAAGGAUUGCCUCUAUUGUUCAGGCUUUAGUCACGACUCCUGCUGAAACUUCAGUGUUGUGGAUUUCACUAACCAUGUUGAAAAGUGAGGAGUACGAAGCCCAGCCAGUACAAAGUCCACAUCUUGCAUGUAUUGAUGGGAUCAUUUCAGCAGCUACUGGGCCAUGAAGAAGGCUGGUUCUCUCAACUGUGCCUGCUCUUUGUCUUGCUAACCGUGCUCUGCAGUGGAGUGAGUAGCACCAUUCUGCUGCAGAAGACAUACGGGAGGAUCACGUCCCCAAACUUCCCAAAUGCUUACCCAAAUCACAAGGAGAGAGUCUGGAAUAUUACUGUCCCCAAGGGAUAUUCUGUCCGUAUCUACUUCACUUAUUUCAACCUGGAGCUGUCCUACCUGUGUGAAUAUGAUUAUGUGAAGCUGAGCUCUGGUGGGAGGACCUUGGCUACGCUGUGUGGGAAGGAUAGUACAGACACUGAGGAGGCUCCGGGCAACAAGACUUAUAUCUCUGUUGACAACAACCUCAUGGUCGUGUUCCGGUCUGAUUACUCCAACGAGAAACCAUUCACGGGCUUUGAGGCCUUCUAUGCUGCUGAAGAUACCGAUGAGUGCAAGCAACUGUUUGAUGGGGAGCCCCUCUGCAAUCAUCACUGUCACAACUACGUGGGGGGCUACUACUGCAGCUGUCGGAUUGGCUACACACUGCAUGAGAACCAGAGGACGUGCAUAGGGAAUUUCAAGCUGGAAUACUUGGUCAUUCCUGCUGAAUGCUGCAUUUCAGAUGUAUUUCUUAGUGACAUCUUGCUUCCCAGUGGGCAGCUUAGCAAGAUCCUCUAGUCCCUGUGUGCUUGCACCAGGACUUUGAAGUUACAGAGAAUUAAGGUGCUGUGAAGCCUUCUGGAGUGGAACGGUACAAGGCAGUGGUGAAGUGCACAUGCAGUGGAUUCCUGCCAGACAGCAGCUGAGGGACGAACACACCCAGUGAAAGCAGGCAAAGAUCAAGCUACCUCCCACCACUCCCUGGCAGAUGGUGUGUGGAGCAUCCCAGCAGCACCAUGAUGGACUGGGGACAUUUAUACCCAAUACUGUGCACUGCAGGUACCUCUACAGCUCUUCUGAGCAGUUUUAUAAAGAAGAAGCUUUCAGGUUGUCAUUUCAGUGCUCAUUCAGCUGAGCACAGAUUCUCAGAACUCGUAAGAAGCCACGUUAGAAAUCCCUGUUUUGACCAAUCUGUUGCCUUACAAGUUACAUAAACUUCCUCUUUCUUGCUUCACACUUCUUAGGAUUUCACUUUCUAAAGGAACUGAAAAUGAUUUACCUUUUAAAACAAGACUCCAAACACUUCAGUAUGUUUUCAACAGUAGUUUAUUUACUCACUUUUAAACACUGGGGUAUGAAAAGCAGUUAGAAAACACUACUGAAACUUGAAAAUUAUUCUAUCAUUUCCAGGGAUUUUGUUUGAGAGUGAAGGAAGGGUCACAUAAUUAGCAAAGACUACUCAGUGCUGCCAGCCUGUUAAAACCUAAACCUGGACAACUGAAACAAAAUUAAAGCCAUGCUAAUUACAAAAACUUACCAUGAGGCUCCUUGCAGGGGGGGGUCACAGUUAGUCUUUGGAGGUCCAAGAAUACCAUUUUUAAGUGUUACUCAGCAGAAGUAGCUGGUAAUAGUGCAAGUGCUAAAAUGCAAAAUUCACAGAUGGUACAGUUUGGAGGUUAUUCUGACUGAUGCAGAAAAGAAAAGUCUAAGCAACUUUUUGCAGUGGGAUAUGAACAGUAAAAGUGUGGCAUCACUUCUCAGCCUGAGGGUUUAGAACCUCUCAAGCUGUACAUUGAGUGCCAGCUCACUUGCUAAGGAAAACUCACAGCAGUGCAGUUUUAUCUGAUACUGGGAUGCUCUCCUUGUUCACAAGCCAAAUGUUAACAUGCAGUAAAGGAAACUGGUACUUGUGAAGUUAAAUGGGCUAAAAACUGGGAAAACAGCUAUCCAUAGUCUCAAAUUUAACACCUCAGGGUGUAUAAAAAAACAUAAAUCAAGCUUUGGUGGGUUUCAAGCUCCAGUAGAUUAAACAAUUCCUCAAGCUCCUAAUACCUGUGGAAAUAAAUCUUCCACUAGUUUCUGCAGAAAGAUCCUGCUCUUUGUUAAGAAGCUGCCUCUUAGCUGACACUUCAGCACCUGUAAUAAACUUAGUUUUUCAGAU